UCCUUCAUUUCGCUUAAGUCUUAACGCUGUCUACGAGUCUCUCGCCAGAGGUCAGAGAGAGAGAGAGAAACUGAGAAUUUUGCACACAAACAGAGAGAGAGAGAGAGAGAGAGAGAGAGAGAGAGAGAGGCGACAUGUGCGGAAUACUAGCGGUUUUUGGCUGUGUGGACAACUCUCAGGCCAAACGGUCCAGAAUCAUCGAACUAUCGCGAAGAUUGCGCCAUAGAGGUCCUGAUUGGAGUGGCUUACAUUGUCAUGACAACUGUUACCUUGCUCAUCAGCGAUUAGCUAUUGUGGAUCCUGCCUCUGGUGAUCAGCCUCUUUACAAUGAAGACAAGACAGUUGUUGUCACUGUUAACGGGGAGAUAUAUAACCAUAGAAAGUUGAGAGAAAAGCUGAUGUCUCACCAGUUCCGAACUGGAAGUGAUUGUGAAGUGAUUGCCCACCUUUAUGAAGAAUAUGGAGAAGAAUUUGUGGACAUGUUGGAUGGGAUGUUCUCCUUUGUCCUCCUUGACACCCGUGACAAAAGUUUCAUUGCUGCUCGGGAUGCCAUUGGCAUUACCCCACUCUACAUGGGCUGGGGUCUUGAUGGUUCUGUUUGGUUUGCUUCAGAAAUGAAAGCGCUAAGUGAUGAUUGUGAACGAUUCAUUUCCUUCCCUCCUGGUCACAUAUACUCUAGCAAACAGGGAGGGCUCAGAAGGUGGUAUAACCCACCAUGGUUCUUGGAACAUAUACCUUCCGCUCCAUACGAUCCCCUAGUCUUACGUGAGGCCUUUGAGAAGGCAGUGGUCAAGAGACUUAUGACGGAUGUUCCAUUUGGUGUACUUCUGUCUGGAGGUCUUGACUCAUCACUUGUUGCUGCUGUGGCCUCCCGCUAUUUGGUUGAAUCAGAAGCUGCUUGCCAAUGGGGAUCCCAGUUACAUACAUUUUGCAUUGGGCUAAAGGGUUCUCCAGAUCUGAAAGCUGCCAGAGAAGUAGCAGAUUACCUUCGCACUCGCCACCAUGAAUUUUACUUUACUGUUCAGGAAGGCAUAGAUGCACUUGAGGAAGUCAUUUAUCACAUUGAAACUUAUGAUGUGACCACAAUUAGAGCCAGUACUCCAAUGUUUCUUAUGUCUCGGAAAAUAAAAUCCUUGGGAGUAAAAAUGGUUCUUUCUGGAGAAGGUUCAGAUGAAAUUUUUGGUGGUUACUUGUAUUUCCAUAAAGCACCUAACAAGGAGGAGCUACACCAGGAAACAUGUCGAAAGAUUAAAUCUCUUCAUCUGUAUGACUGCCUUAGGGCCAAUAAAUCAACUUCAGCAUGGGGUGUGGAGGCCCGUGUACCUUUCUUAGAUAAAGAGUUCAUCAACCUAGCAAUGAACAUCGAUCCGCAGUGGAAGAUGGUUAGGCCUGAUCUUGGAAGGAUUGAGAAGUGGGUUUUACGUAAUGCAUUUGAUGAUGAGCAGAAGCCAUAUCUACCUAAGCACAUUUUGUACAGGCAGAAGGAACAGUUCAGUGAUGGCGUGGGUUACAGUUGGAUUGACGGCUUAAAGGAUCAUGCAAACCAACAAGUGACAGAUUCAAUGUUGUCGCAUGCAAGCUUUGUAUACCCUGAAAAUACUCCUACCUCUAAGGAGGCUUACUAUUACAGGACCAUUUUUGAGAGGUUCUUUCCAAAGAAUCCGGCGAGGUCAACUGUUCCAGGAGGUCCCAGCAUAGCAUGCAGUACAGCAAAAGCAGUGGAAUGGGAUGCAGCCUGGUCCAAAAACCUCGACCCAUCCGGCCGUGCUGCUCUUGGUGUUCAUGAAGCUGCUUAUGAGGAAGCAGUAGAGGCUAAGAAUGUUACCGUGAUGAACGGACCCCAGCAGAAAAUCCAAGGGACCGUAGAGAAGACUGCUACAGUUGCUUAAUCAUAGACUCUACUGCUUGUUCUUCAUACAAUCUCCAAAGAUCUGUUUCCAUUCCGGAAAGGUACUUUAUUUGGUUAGAUAUUGGUGGAAAUGUUUCCAAACUAUAUUUGGUGUUUUAAGUGGUAUAUUGGUCCCAACCUCAUGCAGAUCUCACAGCGAAGAGUUGGGUGAAGAAGUUUCCCAAUCCAUGACUCGAGUUGGUGUUAAAAGAGAUGGUUGUUUGUAGCUAAAUAAUAAUCCCUGUCUUGCUUGUUCUUCUUUGUGGCUUUAUUUCGUAGGCAAUAUACUCUUUUUUUUUCCCCUUCUCGUUCCUUUGAUCAAAAGUUAGAAAGACUAGUUGGAAAAUUAUGUUAACCUGUUGGUUUGUCUGAUCUUAAAGGAGUAUCUUGUUUUUGUA